AUGGGGAAAGAGGUGCUAAUCAAGGCAGUGGUCCAAUCAAUACCCACUUACAUAAUGGGUUAUUUUCGAUUACCAACAGGACUUUGCAACCACAUUGCAUCAAUGAUCAAUAAAUUCUAUUGGGGAUCAAAAGGCGGCAAAAGGAAAAUGCACAGGAUAAAAUGGGAUAAACUUUGUCAGUCAAAACAACACGGGGGACUAGGCUUUCGAGAUAUGGAGGCUUUCAAUAUGGCUCUGUUAGCAAAGCAAGGGUGGAGGUUAAUGAAGAACCCUGAGUCGCUGGCAGCUAGGACCCUCAGUAGUAGAUAUUACAAUAGAAAAGACUUUCUGAGCUCAGACAUGGGUUUUUUCCCAAGCUUCACAUGGAGAAGCAUAUGGCAAGCAAAGGGUGUGCUGGAAAAAGGGGGAUGCUGGAGAAUUGAAAAUGGUGAAACAAUGAAGAUUUGGAAAGACCCUUGGCUCCCUAAACAAAACGGAUCAAAACCAUGGUCGGUCCCAACAACAUUGAACCCAAAUGCAAGAGUAGCAGAACUAAUGUUAGAAGAAGAAAAGGAGUGA